AUGCUGAAAUCGGUUCAAGGUGAAAUCGAUUGGGUAGUGGCCGUUAUUAACUACGGAGCUUCGUGGUACGACUCGGUCUCUAAUGGUCUUUGCCAAAAUCCCAUUUUAUGCUAUGCUUACCAAGUGUUUGAUGGAAUGCCUCAACGAGAAAGGUGUGGAGUUUGUAGCCAGAUUUUCCCUGCAUUCCAAGAGCUAAGCAGCAAUUUCUCGAGGCUCAAGUUUGUUUACGCAGAUAUUGACGAGUGUCCUGAAACCAACCGUCACAUUCGUUACACUCCUACGUUUCAGUUUUACAGAGACGGCGAAAAAGUCGAUGAGAUGUUUGGAGCUGGUGAAGAGAGGCUCCAUGAUCGUCUUUGGCUUCACUCUUGA